CCCGGCCCGGCCCGGCCCGGCGGCGCGGGGCGAUGGCGUCACGGUGACAGGCGACAGGCGGAUGACGUCACCAGGCGGGGAGACGGUGAGCGGCGAGUCCCGGCGGCUCAGCCUCGAUGAUGACGUCAGCGGGAGCUGUCGCGAAAUGGUGACGUCAGAGGCAGGAUGGGGCCCGUCCAUGAUGGCAGAACAGGGACUCCUGGUGCUCUUUGGCAGCCAGACUGGCACAGCUCAGGACACGGCGGAGAGGGUUGGCAGAGAGGCCCAGCGGCGGCACCUGCGCUGCCGGGUGCAGGCCCUGGACAGCUGUGACCUGGUGAGUGGGUGGGACACGGGGCUGCUGGGGAACUGCUGCUCUGCCCUGGACAGCUGUGACCUGGUGAGUAGGUGGGACACGGGGCUGCUGGGGAACUGCUGCUCUGCCCUGGACAGCUGUGACCUGGGCAACCUCAUCCAUGAGCCCUUGGUGGUGUUUGUGUGUGCAACCACAGGCCAGGGAGACCCACCUGACAACAUGAAGAUGUUCUGGCGGUUCCUGUUCCGGAAGAGCCUCCCUGCCAGCUCCCUGUGCCAGCUGGACUAUGCCGUGUUGGGCCUUGGGGACUCCUCCUACCCCAAGUUUAAUUUCAUUGCAAAGAAGCUGCACAAACGGCUGCUCCAGCUUGGGGGCAACCCACUGCUGCCCGUGGCCUUGGGAGAUGACCAGCAUGACUUGGGGCCAGAUGCAGUGGUUGAUCCCUGGCUCGUGGCCUUGUGGGAGAAGAUCCUUGCCUUGUAUCCUGUCCCUCCUGGCCUUGAGAUCAUCAGUCCCGACGCGCGCCUGCCCCCCAAAUACACCCUGCACUACCUGCCUGAGGACUCCCCACACCCUGAGAGUGCCGUGCUGCAGCCUGCAGCCCCCCGAGCUGCUCCCUGCGAGCUGCAGCCCUUCGCUGCCCGCGUGGUGUCCAACCAGAGGGUCACGGCACAGUCCCAUUUCCAGGAUGUCCGGCUCAUCGAGUUUGACAUUGCGGGCUCAGGGAUCACGUUCAGUGCGGGGGACGUGGUGAUGAUCCAGCCCCAGAACUGCCCUGAAGAUGUGCAGCAGUUCUGCCAGCUGCUGCGCCUGGAGCCACACAGACGCUUUAUGCUGGAGCCCACAGACCCUGGCACAUCCCUCCCUCCCCUCCUGCCACAGCCCUGCACCAUCCAGUACCUGGUGACACACUACCUGGACAUCUCCUGUGUGCCACGGCGCUCCUUCUUCGAGCUCCUGGCCUCCUUCUCCACGAAUGAGCUGGAGCGGGAGAAGCUGCAGGAGUUCAGCUCGGCACAGGGCCAGGAGGAGCUGUACAGCUACUGCAACCGGCCCCGCAGGACCACGCUGGAGGUCUUGUGGGAUUUCCCUCACAGCACAUGUGCCAUCCCAGCUGAUUACCUGCUCGACCUCAUCCCUCGCAUCAGACCCCGUGCCUUCUCCAUCGCCUCCUCCCUGCUGGCCCAUCCUGAGCGGAUGCAGAUCCUCGUGGCCGUGGUGCAGUACAAGACACGACUCAGCAAAGCCCGCCGUGGGCUCUGCUCCACCUGGCUGGCUUCUCUCAACCCAGAGCAGGGUGAUAUCCGAGUGCCUCUUUGGGUGAAGAAAGGAGGAAUGAAGUUCCCAGCUGACCCUGCCACCCCUGUGAUCAUGAUUGGCCCUGGCACAGGGGUGGCACCCUUCCGAGCAGCGAUACAGGAACGGGUGGCACUGGGACAUCGAGGGAACUGCCUCUUCUUUGGCUGCCGACACCAAUCCAAGGACUUCUACUGCCAGGCAGAGUGGGAAGAGCUGGUGACAAAGGGCUUCCUGACACUCUUCACAGCCUUUUCCAGGGACCAGGAGGAGAAGGUUUAUGUCCAGCACCGCAUCCGGGAGAAUGGGAAGCUGGUGUGGGAGCUGCUGAGCAGUGAGAAUGCUCAUAUCUACCUGGCUGGGAAUGCCAAGCAGAUGCCAGCAGCAGUGGCUGAGGCCCUGCAGUCAGUGUUGCAGCAGGAGGGUGGCCUGUCCCCACUGGAAGCAAAGGAGCAUUUAACAGCCCUGGAACGGUCCCGGCGCUUCCAGUCUGAAACCUGGUCGUGAGCCUGUCUCCCUGCCUCCCUUCCCACUGCCUGAAUAAAAGAGCCAGCAAAGGGA